UUGAAAUUCAAUAUCAAGUUACGAGAAGACGUCAUUUCUUAAAACAAACAAACGAAUCGAAACUUCGAAACCAGUAACCCUGCAAAAAGUCGAGACUCCGAGAGAGCUUCGUAUAAAAAUUGAGACUGCGAGACGCACAUAACCGCUAAAAAAACGAGACUGUGAGACCCGGGAAAUUCGAGUAAAAUUUUGCGAGACCCAGAAUUUUUGAAGGACCAUUCGCCACCCUUAGAAAUGAAAUGACAUUUUUUUUAGACAUGGAUUCCAACGGUCAAAUUUCGCGUCGAAGCUUAAAGACCAACAGCCAGUAUCCUGAUGCCCUUCAAGAAAUUGGUGAUGGUAUCAAGAAGUACGUAGCCUCCAUUAUUAAGGAAUCUGUGGAGUCUUACUGUGUCUCCCCUGGCAAAGUGUGCGUGGCAGGUCCCCCCGGACCGAAGGGAAUCGAAGGAAGUCGCGGCGAAAGAGGACCAAAAGGAAGUACUGGGAUCAAGGGCCAAAAAGGAGCAACUGGGCAUCCAGGGCCUAAAGGUGACCCAGGAGAUUCGAUAUCUGCUCCAGAAGUGAUUGUAUUUCCUGCCUUACUCACUGUAACUCAGAACCAGACCGCCACGUUUUACUGCUCGGCUUAUGGUAAUCCCAAGCCUGAGGUAUCCUGGAGUAAAACAAGUGGAACAGGACUGGUGAAUACGGAAGGUCAAGGCAAUAAGGUACAAAUCAAGAGUGCUAAUUACAAUGACUCGGGGAGUUAUGUUUGCACGGCUACAAAUGUCCUGGGACAAGCUAAAAAGGUGGUGAAACUUUUCGUGGAAGUUCCUCCAGAGUUUACCAAGACCCCUGAUAGACUUACAAAAGUUGUUGAAAGUUCAGUAGCCUCGAUUUCCUGCCGAGCCUUUGGUUUUCCGCCACCAACAAUUGUUUGGUCGAGAGGACUUGUGCCGUUACCACAAGGACGAACCACUGUUACCAAUGGUACACUGAAUAUCUCCAACUUUAGCCCUCAAGACGUUGGUCCUUAUCAGUGUAAGGCGACCAAUAGGAUGGAAUCUGUUACUGCACUGACAACCUUACAUUACGUUAAGCAAGAUUUGUGGAAGAGCUCAGCUAUUAUAUCCGGCAAUGCAUUUUAUCAAAGUCACCUCAACCAGUUCCUGGCGCCUGCUGUUGGAUUGAACCCUCAAUGGGUGCUGUGCUACCGCGCCUCCACACACGGCUGGGCUGCCAGUACCUUUCACAACAGGUGUGAUAGGAAACGUGACACGGUUACCAUCAUCAAAAAGGGACAGUACGUGUUUGGAGGAUACACUGAUAUACCUUGGGAUCCGAUUGGUUUUUAUAAUUAUGGUGCUUUUGCUUCCACUUCCAAUGCGUUCAUAUUUUCGCUCCGCAACAAAGAAGGUCUGGCUCCAUUUAAGAGCAUGGUGACGAGCCCAUCAAAUGCAAUUUACAGACGCUCAAGUUAUGGUCCAACAUUUGGUGGAGGGCAUGACAUCUCCAUUUCUAGCAAUGCAAAUGGUAACUCUGCUUCUUACACAAAUUUUGGCUCCUCUUACUCUGUUCCGAGUGGUGUAAAAGACAAGAUAAGAAUCCUGGCUGGGACUUACAACGUCACACCUGAUGAAGUGGAGGUGUUUUAUCUUGGCUGAAGCUAUUUCGUCUCAGUGAUCAGUUCUUUCAGAAAUGUGUUUCAGAAGGCUCGUUGUUCUUUUUCAUUCGCUUUAUGUUUCUCUCAGUUAGUCUAUAAACUUUUCCACCAUACUCUGGCUAUUGCUGAAUGGUGGAUGUAACACGUGUCUGAUUGUUAAUUAGCAGACUCGUGCUGGUUCGUUUGUUAAGUAGUCAGGUUUCAAUAAUUUGCAGCAACGCAGGGCAAAUGACAGAUCACGAAUUUCAGAGUUAAAAGGAAAGAGUCCAAUACUAGGUCAGCGAUUAUCGAAAAUCUCUUUCCCAAUUUCAAUAUUACUUAACCAAAUGUCAAAUAAAUUGGACAGAAGAUUCUAUAGAGUAAGAACACAACAAGUAUUUUGAGAACAAAAUGUAGCAUUACAAGGAUGGAUGUAGGAACAGUUCGAGAAUCGGUUUUUUCGUAAUUUAAUUUUGGAGAAUUUAAAAUGUCAUUCUAGUACAAUUUUGAAUCGCUUUAGCAAUUUUUUUUCUUUUUAGUUGAUAUUUAUUUGCUUUCACCAUUUUGACGUCUUGUUCUAUCUCUUUUACCUCAAAAUAUUUAAACAAUGGUACCAAACUCGAGGAAGUACUUGUUAAAACAGGAUAUAUCAUCCAGGAGGCUGUUGAGAAAACAGACAAAGGUUCAUACUGGUUGAAAGCAGUGUUCUAUCACGAAUGCCGUUCUCUGAUUGGUUACGCUACUCACUAUCUUUUCUGUGAUC